AUGUCCACGCCACCUCCACCUGAUUCCGCUACCGCCCAAGAAGUGGUGCAGGAGGAGCGUCAAGAAGAUGGAACAAGGGCCACAGAGGCUACCGAUGGGGCACAUGAGGAGGCCGAAACAACAGAGCCCCCCGCCGCCACCGAAGAAGUGCUUGAUAGCAAUGAAACGGUAGAGGAACCGAAGUCUCAUUCGGUUAAAGAAGGCCGAAGAGAUCAAGAGCGCGAGGGCAGUCCCACGCAACAGCCGAAAUCCGAGUCCCCAGACGGCCAAGAUUCGUCGCAAGGUGACUACGAGUCGCCUUCACAAUCGCCAUCAAAUAGGGCUGAGAGCGCCGAGCCCGGCGAAAUCGACAAAAGCGCCGCCCCUCCCCUUCCUGACGAGCCUCUUCCAGACCACACAUUCAACGGCGAAUCAUCGUCAUCUGCUCCUCCUCUACCGGCCGAGCCGGCGCCCGAACCGGAAGACGACGGUUGGGAGUACCAUUGGAACCCUAACGACUCUUCUUACUGGUUCUAUAACCGCUUCAGCGGCGUAUGGCAGAAGGAAAACCCACGAAUUCCAACCGCGACAGCAGCGGCAGCAGCAGCAGCAGCAGCGGUGGUGGCGCCUGUGGUCGUUCCUCUUGAUGUAGAACCCACAGCCAUCAGCAACCCCAUUUCCGUCGCCGGUGGCUACAAUCCCGCCAUUCACGGCGACUACGACGAGAAUGCGUGGUAUGCCGUCAACGCUCGCGCUGCUGCCGAGGCCGCCGCUGCCGCCACCAACCCGCUCGCUGGCUUGGACCCCACCAUUGCCGGGGCCGACUUAGCCAGCGCCGGCUACUUCAACCGGGCCACGGGUCAGUGGCAAGCGCCGGACCAGAACGUAGAGCGUCACUCGGACGAGGCCAAGAGCAAAAGGCAGCUCAACGCUUACUUCGACGUGGACGCGGCGGCGAAUAUGCACGAUGGCCGAAGUCUCAAAGCGGAAAGGUCGGGCAAGAAGCCAAGUAGGGCCGAGUUGAAGGCUUUCAAGGAAAAGAGAAGGGCAAAGAAGGAGGAAAAGAGGAGGGCUUGGCUGCGUGAUUGA